UCUCCGUGUGGCCAAUCCCGCAUCAGCUUUCAGGCGGAUUACCUCCUGUAAUACCUGCUUCACCAAUACCGCUGUUGGGCAAUGAGAUGAGAGCAAUUUAACGCGACAUUUCGAGGCAGACCAACAGCAGUAUUCAUGCAUUGAAGAGAGGGACGCGUUUAGGAUCCUCCAGCAGCAUGUGCAAGCGCAAAACACCGUAGUAGCAACAUCAGCAGCACCACACCUUCCAGCUCCGGCGUCGGAUGGAUUAUUAUCAUCACUAUUAGACACAUCAGAUCCGACCUCCAGGAUCCAUAAUGCGCGCUGGGCGAGCCUGACACCACCGAGAUGCUGCCGGGCUCCAUUCAGAUAACGGGAGAGGCGCUGUCCGGUGCUGAAAUCAAAGACAUAUGCGACAGCCUGAAGGAGAACAGCGUGCGGCUGCUGUCGGUGCGCGGUUGUCAGCUCUCAGACCGGGACUUUGGUCGUGUGUGUCGCGGGGUGGCGGAGUCGCACUCUCUGGCCCAGCUCAACCUCAACCUCGGCGUGGUGUCCACCAUCGGCCGGACCAAACAGCUGGCAGAUGCGCUGAAGGCCAACAGAUCCAUCCAGACCCUCUUCCUCCACGGCAGUCCACUUUUAGAUGCAGGCCUGGUCACCCUGAACACAGCUCUGUCCACUCAUCCCUCGCUGGUGUCCUUGGAUCUGGGAGAUUGCAUGCUGGGAGACGAGGCCAUCCGUCUCCUCUGUGGCCUGCUUCCUCCAGAUGGAGCCAAAUCAGGUCUUAAAGAGCUGACGCUGAGUGCCAACCCUGCCAUCAGCUCUCAGGGCUGGGCACGACUGGCCAUCGCCGCGGCUCACAGCUCACAAUUACGGGUCCUCAACCUCGACUACAAUCCCUUGGGGGAUCACAUUGCUGGGAUGUUGGCUGUCGCAGUGGCAUCCAGUCGAACCCUAGAAGUUCUGGACCUGGAGGGAACCGGCCUCACCAAUCAGUCAGCACAGAUCUUCCUGGACAUGGUGGAGAAUUACCCCACCUGCCUGCGUGUUCUGGUCCUGGCCGAGAACGACAUCAGCCCCGAGCUCCAGCAGCAGAUCUCUGACCUCCUCUCUGAAGGAGACGAGGAGGAGGAUAAAGACGGAGAGGCCCGCGGCAGCUCGGUGACGGCCCGAGAGAAACCCGCCUGGCUCCCGCACAGCAUAUCUGCUUCUAAAAGGCUGGGCCAAAAGGGAAGUACAGACAUUCACAUUCCUCCCCAUGCAUUCUUUAGGAGAGAUCAUUUACUGCUUAUGAAAUAGAGACUUGAGUUUAUUCUAAUGGCCGAGUCGUGAGUCCUGUAUAUCCUGAAGGCAUUAGACAUAGAGGUUAGCAAAGUUACAUUUUAAAGGAAUAGUUCAGCCGCAAAUGAUCAUUCUGUCAUCUGUAAACCUGUAUGACUUUCUUUCUGAGCUGAAGAUGACUCUGGAAGUUUAUCAUACAGUAAAAGUGAGUUGUGAAGCCCCAAAAUGACACAAAAGUACCUUAAAUUGAUCACCUAAUUACUUCAAUGCUCUUUAAAUAAAAUCAAUGGCAUCUGUAGUUUGUUUCAGAGCUUGCGCGAGACUGAAUUAAAGGGAUAGUUCACAAAAAAUGCAAAUUCUGUCAUCUUUUACUCUCCCUGUACUUGUUCCAAUCCUCUUUUUCGACUGUUGAACACAAAAGAAGAUCAUCUGAUGAAAGUUGGAAACCUGUAACCUGUCUGUAGUAUUUGUUUUACAUGCUAUGAAAGGACACCUAGUUUACACCUUUUUUAAGAUUUAAUAUUAAUAUUAUGGCUCUUCUUUGUGUGCCAGUUUAGGUUCAGUUCAAAACACAGUUCAGAUUUGUUUAUUAAAAUGUGUUAAAAAGUGUCAUGUUGGGUUUGUGUAUACAGCUCGCUGUUUUAGGGGUGUGUUUCGACUCCCCGCUCAACAUAACAAGAGGGCGGAGCCAAGAGCUCCUCCACUUUGUGUAUGGCAGCAGACAGGCAGACAGAGAGAAGCAACAUGAGUGAGAGGACCAGCAUUCAGCCGUACAUGUACGACUCGGACACAGAACAAGCAGAGACGACUGUUGAGGAAUCAAUAUUCCUAAUGUGCCAGAAUGUGUCAGAGUGCUAGUUACAAAAUCAUUUGUGUCUUUGUAUAGCUUUACCGCCGCUAUGUAACGAUGCAUGCGUCAUCAGUAUUGGUGGGCGGGGGGACCGCACUCCUACAUCAAGUUGCGGUUGGUCUCAAAACCGCUCCAAUUGGUCCACCGUUUUUAUG